AUGGCCCUCCUGGCUCACACCCUGGCACUGCUGGCAAUGACCAUGGCCACCGUGGCCAUCAAGGUGGUGCCCCUGGACAUGGUCUGGGAUUCCUUCGAUGACCAGUACCAGGGCUGCGGCCCUGCCAUGAAUGCAAAGUUGCCAUCCCUCUACAACUCCGAGUACCAGAAAAAUCCUAACUUUGCCUGGGGCUGGUACCAUGCAGAUGCUGAGUGGCGCAAGCGGGGCUCUCCCGUGUCCCCCCUGGCGUCCCAUUGGCAGGCCAUCGCUCUCAUGGCCUACACCUCGCAGCACGUGUACAGGGACUUCAACGCAGCCGUGCGCACGGCCGGGCGCUCCCACCUGGAAUACCGGAACAACUUCCACUUCAAAGCGCUGCAUUUCCUGCUGACUGAUGCCCUGGUGACACUGAGGCAGGCUCAGAACUGGCAGUGUCGCCGCGUGUUCCGGGGUGUGCAUGAUGUUCGUUUCAAGGCACGCCGUGGCCGGACAGUCCGGUUUGGUCAGUUCACAUCGACCUCAGCACGUAAAGAGAUUGCUCUGCAAUUUGGGACAGACACAAUUUUCGAGGUGCACACAUGCCAUGGCGCGGACAUCCGUCAGUUCUCCAUGUAUCCAGGGGAGGAGGAGGUGCUGAUCCCGCCCUUCGAGACCUUCGAGGUCACCAAAGUCACCCGGGAUGGGAAGAGGACAUGGAUCUGGCUCCGAUCCACUGGGACCUUCAGCAAAUACAACUGCGAGUGGCACUGA